AUGGGUUCAUCUUCGCUGUUCACUACUGAUGAGCUGUUGCCAUUGCGUGUCCUUGAGGUCGGCGGUGGUGAUAUUGUCCGAUAUAAAUUCCAUUUCGUUGGCGCAGGAGGAGUACCAGUGCAGCGAAGUCAGUAUAUAUUUGACUAUUCCAAACUGCUUGACAAACUUUGUGGUGACAUGACUCAAGUUGCUAUCCGAAUCAAAGAAUAUAUUGGCAAUGGUGGUUGUACCGUCUCGAUUGAGUACUGGGCUCCUGGUGGUGACAUGUCCUUUCUGUUGUGGCAAUCUCGGCCGUUCUCGCUUCCGUCGAAGACUCGAUUGUUUCGUCUGUUCGUUCAGCUGAGUAGUUCCAUCAUUACGAAAACUAAUCCUCAAGAGGGGAAAAUUCCGCCUUAUUCGGUUCCAUGCCAUGUGCUGCUUCCGCUCCAGUGGUGUAUUGCCCUUCUAGUUCGGCCCAUUUCGCUUGAUCCUGGUGUUUCAGCUCUUACCAUUCGCAGUCGAGCUUCUUCCGGCAAGUCAGUUGAAACCUUGUCUACUGAGUCCAAAACCUCGCCGAGUGGAUCCUAUUGCUCCUCGUAA